UUCUUUUACUGCGGUCAGUAGAAGAUCAUGACUCUGUGCGACUGGUACUCGGACCGCGAGAUCCUCCUUACGGGCGUGACCAGUGAAUUGGGACGAGCUUUGCUCGAGAAACUUUUGAGAUCUUUUCCAAGAGUGAAAGUUUACGUGAUUUUACGAUCAAAAAAUGGCCGUGACAAGAGUAAUCGAAUUAAAGCAAUUUUUGCCUCUCCUGGGUACGGGAGGUUGCUGCAGGAUGAGCCGAACGCGAUUUCCCGCGUGAAGCCGUUCGAGGGGAAUCUCCUCUACAACGGCCUCGGCUUAGCCAAAGCGGACAGGACAGCGCUGACGAACGUCACCGUCGUCCUCCACGCCGCCGGUCCUCAUGACGCGGUCUUCGAAUUCGCCCAGGAGCUGCCGGCCGUGAGUGUCGUGGGUGCAGCCAGUAGCAUCUUUCGACAUAAGGGACAAAUUACGGAGAGUCUUCAGAACGAAUACAUACCGGAGAUACCGCUGUGCCUGAUCCGCGUCCCGUUGUUGGGUCCUGCCUGGAAAGAACCCAUGCCAGGACACGUGGGGAUCCUUCGAGGUGCAACUGCACUCAUGGUUGGUGCAGGCUAUGCACUUUGUCGAUCCGAACUACCCGCAGAACUGAUUCCAAUAGAUCUGGCCGUUAACACUAUGCUCGUUGCAGUCUACCAGAGAGAAACUAGAGAACAUAAAGACUCUAGUACAACAGUCUACAAUGCGACGACGAUUGGCUGCACUUGGGGCGAGCUAAUUAAUAAAGCGCAGCGAGCCAAUCGAAACUUUGCAUAUCCUAGCUUUGGAAUUCCUGGAAUAACGUCGCUGGUGCUUCUUCAUCGAAUAGUCGUAUUUUUACUUGAAUGGUUGCCUUCUGUUAUCUGCGACACGAUCUUAUCUCUCUUCGGCGGGAAAAACAGAAUUCUCGAGGAACAUUUGAGGAUACGCAAUGCCUUGCAAACCCUCGAACCGAUUCUUUUGAGGUCCUGGCCCGUCGAGAGAAAUCGCAUACACCUUCUUCAGCGGCAACUCAGUCUCGAGGAACAAGAAGCCUUUCCUGUUUGCGUGAAUAUCGAUGUCGAGACUUAUGUUCUCUGUGCAGCUGCUGCUACUAGAAAGCAUUGCUCCGAUGAUAGGAAUUCGAGAAUUAUCAAGAAUUUCAAAUGGUUUUCUUUAGCUUUUAUAAUUUUUGCCAUUUUUCUGCUGCUUUGCAAAUAGCUCAUUACGUUGGUAGUUUUUGGUUCGUGUAUUUUAUUUUGUAUUAAAUGCGAUAUUAUGAUUCUCGAUUUGAAAUUUCUUGAAAUGCAAGAAUCGUGAAGCGACAAUCAGCACGUUCCUAAAACAGAAGUUUAAUGUUCGCUUCUCACAUGGACGAUGCAACGAAGAAAUUUGUACAGUACCAGACAUUAAUGCCCCUCCCCGAACUAGAGGUAAGAGUCAGAGUACCUCCACCAUGCACCGAAUGCUCUUCCUAUUCUCCUAUUUUGCCCUUCAUGAGUCUCGCAAAAGUUUGAUGCUUAUCAACGAGAACCAUAAUAUUACAAUAUAAUAUUCGUAUAUCGAUAUGGGUAUAGGUCAGAACAGUAGGUGAUAUAACCACCGGUUAUAAUAAUAACCUAUCAAUGUGAACCAAUAUGUCGAACCGAUUGAGCGUUGAGCUUCCUAAGCGUCUAUGUUAUAGGAUACAAAGCAAAUACAAAAAGCGAUACAAACUAA